CACAUUUGAGGGCCGAUCAUAAAAGUGAGCGCCGGCUAACGAAUUUCUCGCGGUAUUGCAGGGGCUUCAAUCUCCGACCUGUGUUCGCGAAUUGUGUAUAAGAAAAAGUAGGGAAGCUUCGAGGGACCGAGUGGGGAUCUGAAGUCAUGGGCACUGCCAAGACGGUCAAGAGCGACAGCGCCGUCAUGGCCAACGACUUUCUUCACACACCGUUCAUGCGAGCUGCCCUGCCCUUCAUCAAUGGCGGAAUCAGCGGCAUGGUGGCCACCACAGUCAUCCAACCAGUCGACAUGAUAAAAGUGCGCAUCCAACUCGCAGGCGAGGGCAAGGCUGGGGGCCCGAAACCAACGCCUCUUUCAGUCACUCGCGAGAUCAUGGCCAGCGGCAAGGCGCUUGAUCUGUACACGGGUCUGUCAGCCGGCCUGCUUCGACAGGCUGUAUAUACCACAGCGCGUCUCGGCUUCUUCGACACAUUCAUGGCGAGGAUGGCAGCGCGUGCCAAGUCCAAGGGUUCGUCGGUUGGCUUCCGUGAGCGCGCGACGGCGGGUCUCGCAGCAGGCGGGCUUGCAGCCAUGAUCGGGAAUCCCGCAGAUCUCGCCUUGAUCCGGAUGCAAAGCGACGGCCUCAGGCCGGUGGCGGAUCGGAAGAACUACAAGUCGGUCAUUGACGCGCUCAGCUCCAUCGCCAAGAGUGAGGGCGUCGGCGCCCUGUGGGCCGGGGCGGCACCAACGGUGGUCCGGGCCAUGGCGCUCAACUUUGGCCAGCUAGCCUUCUUCAGCGAGUCCAAGGCGCAGCUCAAGGCGAGGACGAACAUGUCGGCAAACGCGCAGACGCUCAGCGCAAGCGCCAUUGCCGGCUUCUUUGCGUCCUUCUUCUCGCUGCCGUUCGAUUUUGUCAAGACGCGGCUGCAGAAACAGCAGAAGGGGCCCGACGGCAAGCUCCCGUACUCGGGCAUGGCUGACUGCUUCGCAAAGGUGGCCAAGCAGGAGGGGCUGAUGCGCUUCUACCGCGGGUUCGGCACGUACUAUGUCCGCAUCGCGCCUCACGCGAUGGUGACCUUGAUCGUGGCCGACUACCUCGGGUGGCUCACCAAGUAGAUUGGCUGUAUGACCUGUGGCAUAUUUUCUGUGACGGACUCUUAUGCUGGGCUGCAUUGGAAGUUAUCUUGUUCGUAUACCAUGGACCUUCAGGAGUGAAGCAGCAUAGUUGGGGACUUUGAUCGGACUUUCCGAGUGCCAUGAGACCCUUGAAUCUUCCCUGUUAUAGUGAUCCGGUUCGAAGCAUUAUAAGUGCCAGCAGAUGAACCCGUCAACAUGGAAAGAAACGUGGGAGGAUUUCAGAAAUUCAGAUCGAAUGCUAAAAUUGGCACAGGCAGGGCCCCGAGAUCGGAUAAAUCUCGGCCGAUCUAAUUUUCGCAGGGGUGUCGUAACACACUGUGUAUUGUACUUGAAAUC